AUGAGCGUAGUCUCUCGAAAUGGAUCAUUACCGCCGAACGAGGACGUCGGUCCAAUCUCCUUUUCUCUCGCCCUCGCCCUGACAAUCUUCCUCGUCAUCACGACCGGCCUCCGACUAUGGGUGCGAGUAGCGAACCGGAAGCUCGGAUGGGACGACUUGACUAUCGCUCUCGCAGGCGCAACGGCAGUUGUACGGUUCGCCUUCGUCGUCUUACAAUGGAAACACGGAAAUGGCAGACACCGAGUCUAUCUCAGCGACCAUGACUACAUGAUGAUCAACAUGUACGGCUGGUGGGGACAAAUGCUGCUCUUCAUCUCUGUGGCGUUUCUGAAGGUGUCAAUCUGUCUCUUGAUCCUUCGCAUCAAAGAUACCAAGGUGCUCAAGCGCUUACUGCAUGUCAUCAUGGCUGGUGUCCUCAUUACGAAUUUCGGGGUCGUGAUCAUUUUGAUAGCCGAGUGUCAGCCCGUCGGCUUCUGGAGGGGCAAGUCAGCCGUGUGUUGGCCAACACACAUCCGCAUAUACUUCAUCUAUGCGACGAUUGGGGCAUACUGUGUCGCCGGUAUCUGGUCGAAUCUCGAACUGUUCCUGGGUAUCAUCGCCGCAAACCUCGCUCUUACAAGGUCCAUCUACGUCCACUUCUUCAGCAAUAGUACAGCGCAGCAGACACUUCCAGGGUCAACGGGCAGAUGUGACCCGUUGCAGUCUGAGUAUCUCAGUAGCAAGCUCCGAGGCGACCGCUUUGAAGUGGCUUCGACGAUGAUUGGGUCACCUCGUCGAAGAGGUUCGGAGACGAGGAGCUCAGAUAGUGAAAUCCCGCUGAAAUCAGGCAUCCAGAAGAAGACUGAAUUUUGGUGGACAGAGGAUGACGAAGGCCAGCCGCAGAGACCAUCUCCGUGA